AUGUUGAUAGUUUGCAGGUUCACUGGCGGCCUGGCAGCGUCGCUGUUAUUUUCCGGUUUCGAAUGCUGGAUGGUGUCCGAGCAUGUCGGUCGCAAGCAGUUAUCCACGGGCCUCUUUUUGAGCAUGUUCGGUCUGAUGCACUCGACCAUGUAUUUGGUGGCCAUCGUCAGCGGCUUCGUGGCUGGCGUGGUGGCCGAGCGUUUUAAGCUGCAUCCACUGUGGGAGGGAUCCGUUGUUCAUGUGGGUGGUGACUCUGGACCUUUGGACCUGGCAGCAAUACGCCUGACUGCAGGUGCUGUGUUGAUCUCGCACACGUGGAAGGAGAUUUACGGCGAAUAUCGUGGCGAGCAGAACGACAAUAUUCUUGCAAUAUUGGAAGAUGCGUUCACGCUCUUCUGGAGAGUUCAGUGGACACCCCUGCUCGACGCCAUCGCUGCCUGCUUAGAAAGAGCCAGGUACGUCUUCAACUCCAAUUGUUCCCCAACUUUGAAGAGCGCCGUGAUGCUCAUUCUCUCGUUGUUCAUGAUGGCCUGCAUGUGCGGCACGUCCGUGCACACCGCUAUGGCCGAGAUGAUGCGGCCGAAGUUGCGGCUCCGCACUGUCUUCCCGUUGGGCAUGUUGUCCCUCGUGGAGGCCUCCAUAGGCGCAACAUGUUCGGCAGAAGAUCCAGCUCGUGGGUAA